UUCGUAUGCGGCGUCAAGGUCGAGUGGUACCGAGACCAGGGCCGGAGCCGCGGCGUGUCCUGGUGCGUCCGCUCCCGCGCCCACAUCCUCCGUGCCAUCGUGGCAGCCCAAUGCCUCCCGCACCACGUCGACCACCCCGACUUCGAAGGGCGCUUCCUGCCCGACGUGCGCAUCGCCUGCAACAUGGCCCACGGCGGCGACUUCGCCAGGCUCAUCAGACCGCAAUUUGAUCGCCUGGUGAGGCACUACGCCAAGAAAUGGGUCACCGCGAAUGGCCCUGUCGUGCUCAAGGAUACAGUCACCAUCAACGCAAUCGUCACGGAGGAGUACCGGUUCAACCAGGGGCUGGUCGACAGAUGCUUCAACGACGUCGACGCCAUCGAGCGCUGGCUGCGGGUUGACUUGGGAAAACAGGACUGGUGGGACAAGGGUGAACCCCGGUGCCACUUCACACCCAUCCACGCCGGUGGCAACUCCGAACCAUCGCACGCCAGCGACGCCAACAACACCUGCGACGCCGACAAAUCCAGUCUCGCAGAGCCGGCGCCGUUCGGGCACCGCCUCGUCCACGUCCACGGGCCGAUCGAGAAGGCCGCCGCAAACGCCAACGCACCCCAAGAGAGAAGCCCCCCCGAACCGCCGCUCUCAGGCCUGUUCAGCGCCCCCGCAAGCGGCUUGGCCGGGGAGAGGCGGGGCCCGAUGCCGGCCGCGGCCUCGCCCGUCCCGGCGAAAGACGGCACUCCCGGUCUGGGUCCGGCGCUGUGGGGACCCACACCGACGGCCGGGGUCCCGAACCUCGAGCCGUCGCCGGUCAUGUUCCCUCCCACUCCCGCGCGUAGCCUCGCUUCGGCCAGGGCCCCUUCGACCGCCCCGCCGUCCUCUGAGGGAUGGGCCUUUCCAUCGUCGUCGUUAUCGUCGUCUCCAGCACCGCGUGGUCCUCAAGCGCCGUCCACCAUUGCUACCAGCCGAUGCCGCAGCGCUGCUCCGUCCACAUUCGUCUCUUCGGUAACCCCACCGUCAUUCGUCCCGUCAUCGUUCUCGCCGUCUCCGGCACAGCGCCAUUCUCCGCCACCGACUACAAUCCUCACAGAUGGAACCCGCAGCGUCACGGGCGCUGAUCCGUCCACGUUGGUGUCGUCAAUCGCCCCGCUGCCAUCUAUCCACUCAUCGCUGCCGAGGCGGUUCCGGGAGAGUGUCAGACCGCCGCCACCACCAACCACAAUUCUCACAGACGGAGCGACAGAUGCGCCUUCGGUGUUUGAGGCGCCGGCUGAGGAGCACGCUCACUACGGCGAUGGCCACGGUGAUGGUGGUAGUGGCGGUCAUGGUGGGUAUGGCAUGGGCGUCGACAACGAUGCCCAGAAUUGGGAGCAUCGCAUCAGGGAGUCGUUUGAAGCGACGCAUCUCGCGUGGCGCUAUGUGGUCGAGGUCGAGACUGCGGCAAAGGCUCUCAUGUUUGGCAUUGACGGAACGGUCUGA